CUCAACUACAAAAAUGGCUCAAGCUAACCAAUUGAAGGUUCUUGAUAGCAGCAAAGUUUCACCGCCUCCAGGCUCAGUUCCCACAACCUCUCUCCGUCUCACUUUCUUCGAUCUGCCAUGGUUUCGUUUUCCUAAUAUACAACGCCUUUUCUACGAAUUCCCAUACCCUACCUUGGACUUCAUGGAAAUCAUUCUCCCGUUGCUGAAACACUCUCUCUCCCUUACUUUCCAACAUUUUUUUCCCUUCGCAGCCAAUAUCAUGUGCCCACCACCACCCGGCAAGCCCUAUAUCCAUUAUAAAGAUGGUGAUUUUGUUACUUUCAUGGUUGUUGAAUCCCCUGCAGAUUUCAAUCAUAUUGUAGCCAAUUAUCCACGAGAUGUUAAAUUGUUACACCCCUUUGCGCCGAAGCUGCCAAUGGCACCUGCGGCAGAAGAUGGUACUUGGGUGCUCCCCAUCAUUGCCUUUCAAGUCACUGUGUUUCCAAACGCCGGUAUUUGCAUUGGGUCUAAUUACUGCCAUGUGUGUGGUGAUGGGAAGACGUUCAUGCAUUUCAUGAGGUCCUGGACAUCUGUUUACAUGGCGGGUGGUGACUUGACUUGCCUUGAAAAAUCACUUCCCUUGUGGAACAAUGAUGUCAUCAAGGAUCCUGACGGGGUGGAGUUCUUUCUCUUGAAAAUGAACUGGAAUUGGGUGUCAUCCUGUGGUGGGAAUUCUGGCCCAGCCCAUCCUGUAUUAGCAGCAGAUAAGGUGCGGGCAACAUUUGUGUUGGGUCGAGCCCAUGUCCAGAAACUAAAGCAUUUGGUCACAACGAAGUGCAUGAAGGGAGCAGAUUCAGAGCAAUUGCACGUAUCAACUUUUGUUGUGACAUGUGCCUUAAUAUGGGUUUCUUUGAUCAAAACACAAGAAAGUGCUAUUACCAACUUAUCAGAUGAUGAUAACGAUAAACUUUACUACUUUCUUUUCCCCUUCGAUUGCCGUAACCGCCUGGAAUUUCCAAUUCCUGAAACAUAUUUUGGAAAUUGCAUAAAACCGAGUAUUACAGAAAUGAAGAAAAGUGAGGUAAUUGGAGAAAAUGGGUUUGUUGGGGCGGCAACAGCCAUUGGAAGCAAAGUUAAAGAAAUGGAGAAAAGUGGUUUGAGAGGUGUGGAGAAUUGGAUACCAACUCUCAUGGAAAGAAUAAGAUCAGGGCGUCUAAUUGCUGUAGCUGGAUCGCCAAAAUUACAUGUCUAUGAUACUAACUUUGGGUGGGGAAGACCUAAUAAGGUCGAGUUGAUUCACAUUGAUUCUGGUGAGGCUAUAUCUCUUGCGGAGUGUAGAGAUGAGGAAGGUGGAGUUGAGGUUGGUCUAGCUUUAAACAAGAAUCAAAUGGAUGAAUUCGUUGCUAUCUUUGAACACAGCUUGAAGCUUCUUUGAUUUCAGUAUUAAUUUU